AUGGAGGGGCAGAGGCCAGGCUGCAAAGCUGCAGCUGCCGUCCUAGCUGGGCCAUUGCUCUUCUCCAUCCUCCAAGCCUCUGUGGUCAGUGCCCUGCAGGGCUCUCUGCCGCUGCUGGAAGAUGUGAUCCCAAGUGAGAACAUCAGCUGGGCUGCUGAGGAAGCCCAGGGCAAUGAGUCUUCAGAGCACACGUUUUUCUCUCUGGAUUAUCAACACGUCCAGGUCCCCUUUGAAAUCACGCUUUGGAUCAUGCUUGCAUCCUUGGCCAAAAUAGGGUUUCAUCUAUACAACAAGCUGCCUUCUGUCGUUCCCGAAAGCUGCUUGUUGAUAUUUGUAGGACUCAUCAUGGGAGGGAUCAUCUACGGCUUAAACGACAAGUCGCCGCCUGUUAUGGACAGUGACAUCUUUUUCCUCUACCUCCUGCCCCCCAUCGUCCUUGACGCUGGUUACUUCAUGCCCAGCCGGCCCUUCUUUGAGAACAUCGGCACCAUCCUCCUCUACGCCGUGGUGGGGACCGUCUGGAAUGUGUUUGGGAUCGGUUUUUCCCUGUAUGGGAUCUGCCAGGUGAAAGCCUUUCGCCUGCAGGACGUGUCUCUGCUCCACAACCUGCUGUUCGGCAGCCUGAUCGCUGCGGUGGAUCCCGUGGCGGUGCUGGCCGUGUUCGAGGAGAUCCACGUCAACGAGAAGCUGCACAUCCUGGUCUUCGGGGAGUCGCUCCUCAACGACGCCGUGACCGUGGUGCUUUACAAGCUAUUUCGGUCCUUCUGUGAAAUGCCAACCAUCAAAAGUAUGGAUGUUUUUGCUGGAGUUGGAAAAUUCUUUGUGGUUGGGCUGGGAGGAGUUUUUGUAGGCCUGACAUUUGGGAUGACUGCUGCCUUCACCACACGGUUCACCAAGGACAUCCGCGUCAUCGAGCCGCUUUUUGUCUUCCUCUACAGCUAUCUCUCCUACCUCACUGCUGAGAUGUUCCACCUCUCAGGGAUUGUGGCCAUCAUUGCUUGUGCCAUGGGCAUGAAACGUUACGUGGAGGCCAACAUCUCUCUGAAGUCUCACACCACAGUCAAAUACUUCAUGAAGAUGUGGAGCAGUGUUAGUGAUACCCUCAUCUUCAUCUUUCUUGGAGUUUCCACCAUUGGAGAGAAUCAUGAGUGGAACUGGCCAUACAUUUGCUUCACUGUCAUUUUCUGUCUCGUUUGGAGAGCACUCGGGGUGCUUGUGCUGACUUUCUUUGUGAACAGAUUCCAUGUGAACACCAUCACCAGCAAAGAUCAGUUCAUUAUCGCAUACGGGGGGCUCCGAGGAGCCAUCUGCUUCUCGUUGGUGUUCUUGCUUCCUGAUUUUCGCCGAAAGAAGCUCUUCAUUGCAGCAACAACUGUUGUCAUCCUCUUCACAGUGUUUGUGCAGGGAAUGACCAUUCGUCCUCUUGUUGACUUGUUGGCUGUCAAGAGGAAGAGAGAGAGUGCUCCCACAGUGGGAGAGCAGAUCCACAUUCGGUUCUUGGAUCAUUUGCUGGCUGGCAUUGAAGAUAUAUCUGGACACUGGGGACAGUACUACUGGAAAGACAAAUUAGAGUACUUCAACAGCAAAUACCUGCAGAAGAUCCUACUUCGAGAGUAUGACCAGCCCAAAUCCAGCAUCGUGCUGCUGUACGAGAAGCUGGAGCGGAAACACGCCAUCGAGCUGGCAGCAGCAGGGCAGUUGGGGCACGGCCCCUCACACCCAGCCUGGCUCAACAACAUCAGGACUGGCAUAACAGACAAAAAACUGGAGGAUACUCUGGAUCCAGAUGUCCUGGAAAACAUACAGGAAAUAUUGGCAAGGAACCUGUACCGAAUCAGGAGAACGGGUCCAGCGUACAACAGGCACACCCUGCCUGGAGAGACAGAGCCUGUGGAGCAUGCCAAGGAGAUCCUGAUCCUCAGGCACAAGAGCCUGCGUCUGGAAGUGAGUGGAGGUGACACAGCCAGUCCCAGGAAAGAAUCACAGAAGGCUGACUGUUCCUCAGAGCAGAGUGACUCCAGCACACAGCUCAAGCUCUGCCGCUCCUUCACCGUGGGGAAUGCAGAAAAGGUUGGAGAAGUGAAGCAGAACCGGUCCAAGUCGGUGUGUGUCAUCCCCCCACUGCAGCCCAGCGGUGGCAACGAGGACACGGAGACAGAGCUGACGCUGGAGAUGUAAAAGCACAAGUGA